CUCUUCGGCUCAUUUUCCAAAUAGAAAAAGGAACCGAAAAAAACUCACUUUUCCCUGAAUUCUCUUUUUCGUCUUUCUAGACUCACUCGUAGUCGUCACUCUUCGUACUAUUGCUCCCUCGCUUCUCUGUUCUGAAUUCUUUUUCCUAUAUCCUCCAUAAUUCUGUUAAUUCUGUUCUGUUAUGCGGAUCAAAUGACUUGUUGAUUCUCAGUUCAAAGGCCUUGGUGACAAUACCUUAAGUUGUCAAAGGUUUAAUGGAUGAAAAUCCAGUGGGAUGUCAAAAAAGAGUUAACAUUCAACCAGCUGAGACAAUUGGCAUAUUGAGUCAUCUAAAUUAACCUUCUUUUUAUUGAUAUUUAGUUUAUAAAUUUUUUAUAUUGGUUGCUAUUACAUGUAGGGUAGUAUAAUUUGGUGCAGCACAUAGGCUUUUAAAGGCAGAUUUACCCUUUAGAAGCCUGGAAGAAAAGCAUGUCAAGUGGAGCAACACAUUGGUGUUAUGAAUGUGGACAUCCGAUUGUGCUUGAAGGGAGGGAAGUCAUUUGCCCUUACUGUCAUGAAGGCUUUGUGCAAGAACUCGAGAUGCAUGCCUCUCAACCAUUUAAUGCUAUGGAAGAGUUUCAUCGAAUGCCCUACCUUUUUGAUGCCAUGUGUGCUUUCAUGACGCAGAGAAUGGCUGGGCCGUACCUAAACUUUGAUAUUAGAGAAAGGUCUGAUACUGCACUAUUUCCUGAAUGGAGUCAAGAUUUUUUCAAUUCUGGCCCUUCUUUGAUGUUUCAUGGUCCUAGAGGGGAUACUAGGCCUGUUGAUUUCGGUGGUUUAUUGAUGGCCCCUGGACUCGAAGCAUUCAUUCAACAGCUGACUAUGAAUGAUCACAAAGGUCCUCCUGCAGCCUCACAUUCCUCGAUCAAUGCAAUGCCUACCAUUAAGAUCACACGAGCACAUCUUCACUGUGAUUCACACUGUCCAGUCUGUAAAGAGAGAUUCGAACUUGGGUCUGAGGCUAGGCAAAUGCCCUGUAACCAUAUUUAUCACUCUGACUGUAUUGUUCCUUGGUUGGUUCAGCACAACUCUUGUCCUGUUUGCCGUGUUGAGCUGCCAACUCCAGGACAGGGAAGUUCCAGUGGAGGAAGGAAUGCCAGUAGCAGCAAGGGACCGUGAUAGCUUGAGGAGACAGGAGCACAACCAACAGGACCAAGGAAGGAGAAGCCAACUAUCGGCAUGGUGGCCAUUCUAAUCAUCCUGCUCAAACACCAACCAUGAUGCUUAGACCAGUGGGUCAUAGAGGAAUGUCAUUUGGUCAACAAUGGCUCCAGAUAAGUAUAGUCUAGUUGUCUAAUAAUGUUUUCAAUGAAUGAGAUGGCAAAUGACUUGAAACACUCGUAUUUGAUUAGUUUCUUAAUUAGGAUAAUGUUUAUAUACAUAUAUAUGUCAAAUUACUUAGAAUCUUUGAUAGUUCAAUGGAACGAUUCAAUUUUAGCCUCUAUGCAUUGUAUUGGUUGAGGCAAAUUUGAUCAUAAGAAUUUAGAGUCUGUUCUUUAGCAUGAA